AUGCUGUCUAAUGAAAAAAAAAACAACGCAUCCUCGAUCUUCUGGUUUCAGAAGAACGAGCUUACUCUAAACAAUCCGACAUCAGCCACAGGAUAUGUAUACACCCAGAUUUCGACCAAUCUCGAUAUUGAGAUCACUGCAAGCGACUUCGAUUCUUUUCCGACCAAGGUCCGCCCAAAACAUGAGCUUCACGGCUGUCCAGCAGAGGUCUACCUCCCCGGGCCUCCUCAAUGA